AUGGCAGGUUGUAGAGUGUACCCCAUCCCUGCUGGUGUGCGCAGAGAUGAUACAGGGGCCAGGAGUGGGGAGAAUGAUAUUGUGCUGCCCUUCCCAGCCCCUCAACGUAACUGCCCCAAGCAAGUGACCAAUGUAGUUGCUCAGGGCAAGAGGGCAGACAUUGGGGGAGAGGGGGCACACAACCAUAUUACUCAAGUCCUUGCUAGCCUGUGUGGCAAGGCAGCCUCUGCCUUGUGGGGAGAUGACAAAGUCAUCCUUGGGUCUGGCAAACCCAAGGGCACAACUCUCUGCACCACAGAGAGUGACACCAUCAACUCUGCAGUCCCCACCUCCUCAGCAAAGGCCAGCUCUGCCAGUGCUAAUGUCUCGCCCAUCCAACCCUCCAGCCCCUCCCUCACCCCACUCACCACCUCCAACACCUCCCUCACCAUUCUCUCCAGGUCUUGGGACUCCUCCCCUGGGUCUUCUUUUGCUCCUCCCACAUACAGCAACCUCCCUGACCUCAUGACUUCUGACACUGAGACUGACUGCGAAUCGACUCAUAUACAUUCCAAUUUGAUGAAAUCUAUGACCACUGGCAACUAUCAACUGGCUUCCAACUGCUCCCUCCCCCUGGCUGACUUCAUCUCUGGCAACAAGAUCCCUACCUCGGCAAUCAUCAUUGACAUCCCCAAAACCCACACAUCCAAUGUCACUGACAUCCUCCCCCCCUACUCUGAGUGCCUGAAUGACGGGCCCAAGUACAAGGCCCCCAAAUGCUUACCUCAUGCUGUUUUCAAACCCCCCGGGAGGAAGAAGCCCGUUUUUGCCAACAGCAAGACCUCCAAGCUCCCAAAAGUGACCAGGUCCAGCAUCACCACUGAGGACCACACACACUGGGUGAGGGAGGUGGAGGAGCAUGCAGUGAAGCUCAGCAGGGUCAGAGCAGCAAUGAGCCUGAUGGAGCCGAGGAUUGGGAGGGUGAGUGCUUGA